UGGAGGGAAUUGGAUAGUUGCCCUCACUCUCCUUCAAGGAAUGGCUGUUUCCAAAGCACUUCUUGUGUGCUUAUACUACACCACCUGGCUAUUAUCCUUCUCUACAGAUGGUUCUGGCCUACAGUACAACACAGAGGCUUACAAUCUACUCCCUCCCCUACUCAAGGAAUUGUCCCAACGCCCAGAGUUAACAGUAGGAAUGCCAGUACCCCAGUCAAUAGCCAUAAAGUAUAUGAAACAACUAUACAAGAUGUCUGCCACCAAGGAGGGAAUUCCCAAGGUUCAUGAAAGCCCUGAGUACAACACAGUGAGGCUAUUCACUCCAAGGACAGAAUGCAAACCAACACACAAGGUGGAGCGUAAAGAUGUCCUGCAAUCAAUGGAUUUGACUUUCAAUGUUGGCCGCGUGUCUGCUUUGGAACAGAAUCUCCAGUCAUUUUUACUUUACUCUGUUAGCAAACAAUACUCCUCAUCCAACCUCAGUUGCACAUGCAGCGUAGAGAUACUGGACCACGAUGACACAAGCCCAGUUUGUCCCCAUGCACCACCAUUCUUCCAAUUUCAACUUCGUGGUAGACAAAGGUGGGUUGAGAUAGAUGUGACAUCUUUCCUUCAACCACAUAUUUCCAAUAACAAACAAAAUAUUCACCUGACUUUAAAUCUAACUUGCCUGAAGAAUAGCAAACCCUAUGCUUUUGGAAUGGAGAGACCAUUUAAGAUCUCAAGGUCUCCACCAUGUUUACUUCUUUACCUUAAUGACACAAGUCAUAAAGCAUACCACAGAAAAAGAAAAAAAUUUGAGGUUGCAGAACCUGCAGCCUGGUAUGAAAAAGGCAGAGUUAUUUCAAACUUCAUUGAUGAAUUAGGGGGUGGUCUACAGUUGGCUCAAUCCUCUCGUCACCGAAGAGAUGAGGACAGUGUGGUUGAAGAAGAGGAGACUAUUUCUGAAACAUUCAAUUUCAGUGAGUACAUCAAACGAUUUGUUUACCAUCAACAUGAAUGCGAACUUCACCAAUUCAGACUUCGCUUCAGCCAGCUCAACUGGGACAAGUGGAUACUAGCACCACAUCAUUAUAGCCCUGACUACUGCAAAGGAGAGUGCCCAAGGGUUGUAGGCCAUAGAUAUGGUUCUCCUGUUCAUACCAUAGUGCAGAACAUAAUCUAUGAAAAACUGGACUCCACUAUUCCCCGUCCAUCAUGUGUCCCUUCUGAAUACAGACCAAUGAGUGUUUUAAUAGUAGAACCAGAUAACUCCAUUACUUACAAAGAGUACCAAGAUAUGAUUGCCACCAAGUGCACGUGCCGCUAG